GGCAACCUUGUCAGUCAUUCAAUGUUUUUCAGUCAGUUUUUAUCGGCGUCGACGGUGUUUUCGGCGUUUUUAAGGAUUCAGUCCGAUGAACCUGGGAGACGGGCUGCUGUUUGAGCUGGAAAAUGGAAAACCUCGCCUGUUUUUCCUUCGUCAUGGUGUUAAUAAGCCUUCAGAAAAGCCACCCUUCAGGCCGAGACCUGCUACCGUCCUGAGCAUCAGACAGCCGUCCUGCACCGAGGAGGUACAGGGUGAGGAGCAGUCAGUCCAAGAUGCUGCAGGGAGGCGCAAGGAUGCGAGGAGCAAGGUGAGAAGAGGAGCAGCAGCCUCCAUCAUGAUGACAUCAUCAAAGUCACAGAACCAUCAGAUGGCUGCAGGCGAGGUGAAGUUGGACGCACACAAACACAGUGCCAGGAUCACUUCCUGUGGACCUAGUGGGAACACGGGAAAGCUCCAGCAUGACAGCGGGAAUGCCAGACUUAAGUAUUUGCUGGGACAUGGGAACUCAGGAUUCAAAGAUGGCAUGGUGUGCCUGACCAAUGAACAGCUGAGACAGAUCCUAAGCAGUGUCAAAACCGCCACCAGAGACCAGCGCUCCCCUGAGGACCAGAGGAGCAGCCAGCGCCCCCUUGAGGACCAGAGGAGCAGCCAGCGCCCCCCUGAGGACCAGAGGAGCAGCGGACUGAAAAUACGGCAUGAAGACAAUCCGUCAGCGGCUGAAGGAUCAGAGGAAAAACAGGAAGAGGGCGGAGGAGCCACAGCCGCAACUUCAGAUGAUACACACGACACCAACUCGCGGCGUGAUGUUGGUGUUCUGUGCAGCUGGUUUGACGAGCGAGACGCCGACAGUCGAGCGGCUGCAGAUGCAAAGAAAGUUUGGCUGAGGAAAGAACUCGACCAGCAGGUGGCCCUGAAGCAGAAGCAGCGUUCAGCUCCAGGCAGAGUCCAGGUGGCGGAGGAUUUGCACGGUGCGUUAUCAGCUCAGAGCGCCGCAAGCUGCAGAGAGCAGCCUGCAGCCAUGAGAUCCAGCCUCAGACUCGGGGUGGUCACGCCCAUGGAGGAGACGCAGAGCACUGAGAGGAAGGAGGCACAGCGUAGAUACUGGCUGGAGGAGCUGGACAGACAACGGGAGGAGGUGACAGAACGGAGAAGACGCGAGAAGCUGCUGCAGCGUCAGACUGAGGACGACGACCGCUGGGCCAGGCAUUUCGACUCCCUGCAGAUGAGACCUCCUGUCCCACCUGCAUCCUUGUCCACUCUUCCACCUGCUCCGGAGCGAGGGGAGUGGGCGCCCUCCUCCAGCCUGUCCUUGGUGUGGGAGGUGACAAGCAGCUGUGAAGCAGAGAGUGUGGGAGGAGCCAGAGUGGAUACAGCCACGGGACACCAGCCAUCAGUCCCCAGAGUCAGCUACUUGAGGAGCAUGACAGCCUUACUGGACCCUGCCCAGAUAGAGGAGAGAGAGAAGAGGCGCCUCAAGCAGCUAGAGCAGCAGCGGAUGAUCAAGGAGCAGAUAGAGGAGCAUCGACAGCAGAGAGAGCGAGAAGAUAUGAGGAAGAGAGAGGAGGAAUUAGACCAGGAGAGGAGCCUGCAGAGGACAUAUCAGCUGGACUCCCUGAAGGACACACAGAAGCAGAACUCUGAGACAGGACCACAGAGGACCAACAAUCAGCAGCCCAGAGUGGGUGACAGCCAGUGUUUGGACAGAGACGGUGACAAGUGUGCGUCCAGAGACACGGCCGUACAGACCGAUGCAACACUGGUCAAUGUUCUGACUCCGGAGGCAUGUGCAGAAUAUCGUCCACCCCCAUCUGGCGGGAACAGCAGAGCCGCGAGGGCAGGUAAGGAGAACGUGUGUGUACCAGCAGGACGAGGAGAUCCAUACGAGAUAUUCGCCAGGACAGAGAGGAGCAGGAAGGACAAGAGGAGGCCGGCGUGGAACACGCACAGACCCAGCUGCCGGUUCAUACCGGCGUCGGAGCGAUAUCCAGCCACGCUGCAGAGGAACCGACAGGAGAGCCGGCAGAGGAGGCAGGUCGAGCUCCUCGCCCUACAGGAGAGGACCUGUCAGUCCAAAAACCCGCCCUCCCUGCAGGAGCCACACGCCUCCAAUCCCCGACAGUCCAGAACCAGUCCCAGCAGGACGGUCGGUGCAAGGCCAGCGUGCGCGCUCGCGAACACUCGUGUCCUGUCGGCAGAGAGUGUAACCCAAAAACCGAGCGCCGCUGACACCAACAGGGGGCGCACUCCAACCAUCACACACACAGGACAGAGUCAGCAGGACCCACCCACAUCCAUGCAUCCUCCCGGCCUGGAAUUUAUUCCUGAUGUCUGGACCGACAAAGUACUUAAUCUGGAUCCACUGGACCCAACCACAUCCCCAAUGCCCACAAACACAGAGGCUCCUCCUCAUCAAGAGGCGUGUCUCCGCCUCCCCAACCUGCUCCCCAAAACACACUCACACCCACAGCAGGAAAUCCUGAGAGGCCUCGCCCACCUGCGACAGGGUUUGUUGCUGAAGCAGCAGGAGCUGGAAUCAAACCUGCAGCACCACCAGUCCCGAGCACCUUCGGCCACGCACUGAAAGUGACCUCUGACCUCAGGCGCCACAGACUCAAAACACACAGCAGAACGUCAGCUCUGUUUGGUGUCACUGGAACGUGCGUAAAAAAAUGAGCUGCAGGAAAUGCCACCACCUGUCACGUCAGGCCAGCACCUCCUGGAGGCGAGGUGACAUUGAGGGCGGCGCCUCCUGGGGAGGACCUGGGUUUGACCCUGAUGCCUUCAGGCAUAAAUGGUUUCUAUUUUCACUUUGUUUUGGAUGCGAUUAUGUUGCGUCGAUGUUUCACGUUAAGUUUAAAUUUUAAUGUGAGUUUUUAAUUUGUGUUGUCAAACUGGAGAGUUUUUGUGUGUAAUUUUCAGAUUUGCUGCCUCCUGCUGCAGGUUAAAAAUGUGACAUUUUUAAGUCUGGUUUUGUCUGACCCCCCCCCACAGACUGCACUUUAAUGUGAUUUGUAUGGUGACCUCUGACCUGUUGAAUGAAAACUUCACCUGAAUGUUUCAAUAAACUGCAGCUGAUAA